ACUGUUAAGUAGCGAGACCGGUAGGGGGUAGGCCCUAAGCCUACCUCCGUGAUUCAUACAGUCUGCCAUAGCCCCAGGAGCUGGAUGCGGACUAUAAAUUUGAUUGAUAAUAAUAAUAAUCGUCAUCAUCAUCAUGCUGUGAGCUUUCUUCAAACUCCUUUCCCUUUGCGAUCUUUGCAACUCAUCCUUUUUAUCUGGGCUCUUCAUCGCACCCAGAAGAACAACAACAACAACAACAACAACAACAACAACAACAACAACAACAACAACAACAACAACAACAACAACAACAACAACAACAACAACAACGGAGAGCUGCAAAACUAACCAACACUGUUUUACUCGUUUUCUCAGCCCAAUAAGUCUCUGAAUCUGGCCAGGUAGCUGACAUGAAUAAGCAUGAGCGCUUCCCUUUUU